AUGGCGGUCACUACUAGGCUCUUGUUAGCUAUACUGUUCUUUCCUUUUCUCUUGUCUGCAGCAAAUGCAAUAAGAGAGUAUCAGGGUCAGCAAGGUCAGGGAGGCACUCGUCUGACUCAAGCUCAACAAUGCCGCUUACAGAGGCUUACUGGAAGCCAGCCCUCUGAUCGAAUUGAGUCAGAGGGCGGCUUCACUGAGCUAUGGGACGAGAACGAGGAGCAAUUCCAGUGCGCUGGAGUUGCUCCUAUGAGGAUUGUUAUCCACCGUAAUUCUCUUUCUCUUCCUAAAUUUCAUCCCAUGCCUCGCUUGGUUUACAUCCAGCGUGGACAGGGAAUAGUUGGCAUUACUUACCCUGGCUGUGCUGAGACUUUCCAGUCACAGACCUUCCAUGCCGGCCAAGAGCCAAGGGAAGAGAGGGGCCAAGGCUGCGGAGGCGACCAGCACCAGAAAGUCCACCGUAUCCGCCAAGGUGAUGUUGUGGCAAUUCCAGCUGGUGCUGCUCAUUGGUGCUAUAACGACGGUGAGGAAGAGCUCGUAGCUGUAGCGGUUAACGACCUCAACCAUCGAUCCAACCAGCUUGAUCAGAACUUCAGGGCAUUUUACUUGGCCGGUGGAGUACAAGAAAGUGAAAGCCAAAGAGCUCAAACUGGUCUAAGAAAGCAAAGGACACAGAAGUUCCAGAACAUUUUCCGUGCUUUUGACACAGAAUUGCUGGCCGAGGCCUUCAACAUCCCCACAGAGAUUGUGAGGAAGAUGCAAGAAGAACAGAUCGAACGUGGAACAAUUGUCAAUGUGAGGGAAGGAAUGAGCAUUAUUAGGCCCGAUGAAGAAGAAGAAGGGCGACCACAACGAGGACAACAAUGGCGGGAGGAAAUAAUUGGAAAUGGCUUAGAAGAAAACAUUUGCACAAUGAAAAUCCGGACCAAUAUAGAAACUCAAAGACGAGCUGAUAUCUUCUCAAGGCAAGCCGGCAAAGUUAACCAUGUUGGUCGCCAAAAACUUCCCAUCCUUGAAUACAUUGACAUGAGUGCGUCUAAAGGAACCAUUUAUCCAAAUGCAUUGAUGAGCCCUCAUUGGACAUUGACUGGCCACAGCGUGGUAUACGUUGAAAGAGGAGACGCACAAGUGCAGGUAGUAGAUCAGACCGGGCAACAAGUGAUGAACGACAAGGUGAAUCAAGGAGAAAUGUUUGUGGCUCCUCAGUACUUCCCCGCAACGAUUAAAGCAGGGGAGAAUGGAUUUGAAUUUGUGGUGUUUAGGACAAGUAGUCAACCAAUGAACAAUCAACUUGCAGGUUACACAUCAGUGAUUAGAGCAAUGCCUGUUGAGGUCCUCACAAACGCGUACCAGAUAUCGCCAAAUGAAGCACAACGCUUGAAGAUAAACAGGGGAGGAGAGAGCCUCCUUCUAUCUCCUCAACGAAGGUCCUCUUAA